CAGUGGCGAUACAAUACAUGCUCUCAGAAUAACAGCUCGUUCUGGCCCUUUUGUGCCCUGCUCGACUGCGCUGCAACGCUGUAUAUUUUGGUCGAGGGCGUCUUUUCACAUGACGUAGUGAUGAGAAUCUGGAUUUCUGCCCCGCCGCUUCUCUCUCUUCUCUUCUCUUCCUGCGGUUCUACUUAAUCAAUCCAUAAUCCCCCUUCCCAUUCAUUAUAUAGAACUCGACCAUUUCGCCCUCGACGCUUUCCACAACGCGCUCAGACCCCUCUCUUGAGAGAUCCUCUCUUUCGAGGCGCUGAGGUUGCAGCAUUCUUUCGUGGUGAUUCUCUUUCCAGCUGCACCCCUCACCGGCCACACCAUGACGGUUUUCAUCGCGUCCCUAUUCCUGCCGUAUACGGUCAAUUUCCAUCUGGACCAGGCUCGCAACCGGUCCGCGCGCUCGAGCCCCAAGUCGGCCCCGUUACAGGAAUCCUCACCACAAGUGCCACAGCCCGCAAGCGCUGCGCUGAGUCUAUUCGAGAACCGUGGUAAUGUCGUUGCGAAUCCGGGGUUGACCCCAGGAGCCACCACGGAGGACGAACGCAUCUUCCUGGCAAACGCUGAGAAGGAACCAUCUGCAUAUCCGUUCCCGAAAGACGCCAAUGACCUGCACAGUCUCAGAGAAAGUGAGGCACACUCUCCCAAAUGGGGUGCAACCACCACGUUCGUCCAGCCCAAGGCUCAACCGCCUCCGCCGCCCUCCCCUUCGAUUCUGAAACACCAGGCUUCGGAGGCUGCGUCACAGCCGCCGCAGAAGGCGAAGAAGCAGGGCUCGGGUGUCGAGGCGCUCAAGGAAGAGGAGCGCGCAAACCGUCCCGGCCAGGGCCGUUCCAUGUCCUUCUCGAAGGCAGACUGGACCGUCGAGCCAGCUGAACAGGGCAAUGGAGGUCUGCGCAACGCCGUUCGAUCCGCGACAGAGGCCGGAUUCCUGGGGGAGAAGAUAUGGGUGGGGACCCUGGGCAUGCCCACGGACGCGUUGAAAGAACACGUCAAAGCGGGCAUUGCAGAGAAGAUGGAGGACGAGCACGAGUCCUUGACGGUUUUUGUCAAGGAUGGUGACUUUGACGGACACUACACCCACUUCUGCAAGACGAUUCUGUGGCCCGUCUUCCACUAUCAGAUCCCGGACAAUCCCAAGAGCAAGGCAUACGAGGACCACUCGUGGAUCUACUAUGUCAAGGUCAACCAGGCGUUUGCAGAGCGGAUCGCGAAGAACUGGAGGAAAGGAGACUCCAUCUGGGUCCACGAUUACCACCUGCUUCUCCUGCCGGCCAUGCUCCGAAAACUGCUGCCGGACGCGAAGAUUGGGUUCUUCCUCCACAUUGCGUUCCCAUCCUCCGAAGUCUUCCGCUGUCUAGCACCGCGAAAGGAAUUGCUGGAGGGCAUUCUGGGGGCCGACCUCGUCGGUUUCCAAACCGACGAGUACUGCCGCCACUUCCUCCAGACCUGCAGCAGGAUUCUUUGCGUCGAAGCAACAAACGAUGGCGUCCAGCUCGAAGACCGCUUUGUCGACGUGGGAACCUUCCCGAUCGGUAUUGAUCCGACGUCGUGGGACGAGAGGCGCAAAGCGGACGAUGUCCAGAAGUGGAUCAAGACCAUCAGGGAGCGAUAUGGAAAUAAACGCUUGAUUGUCGGUCGUGACAAGCUGGACAAUAUCCGAGGUGUGAGACAGAAGCUUCUCAGUUACGAACUCUUCCUCAACACAUAUCCAGAAUGGAGGGAUAAAGUUGUUCUGGUACAAGUCGCUACCACCACUACGGAACAGCCAGAGCUCGAGGCAACCCUAUCUGACAUUGCCAUGCGGAUCAACUCGACGCACUCAACUCUCGCCCACCAACCGCUGGUCUUCCUCAAGCAGGACCUUGCAUUCGCUCAGUACCUGGCAUUGAUAUCGAUGGCCGAUGCUCUUAUGGUGACUAGUCUGCGCGAGGGCAUGAACUUGACCAGCCACGAAUUUGUCUACUGCCAGGACGGGGACUACAACAGUAAGGCAUAUGGAUCACUCAUCCUGAGUGAGUUUACGGGCAGUGCAGCUUUGUUUGACGGCCACGCUCUUUUGGUCAACCCAUGGGAUUACCGCCAGUGCUCGGAGGCUAUCCACACUGCACUCACGAUGGGUGAAGAAGAGAAGAAGAAGGUGUGGACCGCGUUACAUGAAGCCGUGAUUCAGAACUCGACGGGCAAUUGGGUCAAAUCGUUCAGCGACACUCUGUCGAAGGCGUGGGACGAGCACUCGUCCCGCGAGACCAUCGCAGUACCACGGCUGUCCGUGUCCAAACUGGAGGAGCACUACAAGCAGUCGAACCGCCGACUCAUCAUCGUCGAUUACGAGGGAACACUGGCUUCUUGGGGUUCGCCGAAGAGCAUCAUCUUGACUACGCCACAGCGCGCCAUUACGACCCUGACCGACCUGACCGAAGACUCUAAGAAUAUCGUCUACGUCAUGAGCUCCAGAAUGCCCGAAGAGAUGGAGCGCCUCUUCAACCGUGUCUCAGGGCUUGGUCUUAUCGCUGAAAAUGGCUGCUUCCUACGCGAGCCUAAUACGGAUGCGUGGAUUAGGCUCACCGAUGCGAACCGUGUCAGAGCCUGGAAGGCAGGAGUAUCUAGCAUCCUCGACUACUUCCAUGCACGGACCGAAGGCAGUUGGAUCGAAGAGCGACACUGCUCGCUCGUCUUCCACUAUGGGUCUGCAGAUGACCAAGCGUCUGCUGCCCGUCAGGCAUCCGAGUGUGCUGACCACAUCAACGAUGCCUGUGAGAGUCAGCAUGUCCACGCCGUGCCGGUCGACGGCGCGUUGGUGGUUGAGACGGUGGAGACCAACAAAGCAUCAGCGGCGGAGAUGAUCUGGCGAUACUGCCUGGAGAGGGGAAAGAGGGACGGUCAGGAUUACCGUCCAGACUUCCUCCUCGUCAUCGGAGACUCGCGCGAAGACGAAGUGGUGUUCCGCUGGGCCAACAAGCUGGCUGGUGCCAAAGCGAUCCCGCGUGUCAUGACCGUCACCCUCGGAUCGCGCAGCACGGAAGCCAUGGCCACAUUGACACAGGGCGUUACAGGUGUGCUCUCUUGCCUUCAGCGACUGGCGGCAUCGGGUUAGAGCUUCAAACGAUGGCAUAAUAUUAUUUCGACUCCAGCAUGCAAUUCGGUCACUCUUCUUUCCCUUGUCCCGGGGCAACGAUGGGUUAUUUGAUAUCUCGGGAGUUCUGAUCGUGGUUGGGUCAACCUGGACGAAAAUUCACGUUACGAAUGUAUGUAGACGUACGAAAAGCGAUUGCAUUUUACGCACAUAACCACAGCGAGGCAACGACGUUGUGUUAAUCCUCCGAUUCUGCGGCGGGCGUUAUUAUCUGUGUAACUAGCAGGAAUAUCUCCAUUCUUAUGAUAGAAACACGAUUCUGCAACACUGCAUCUUUAUCAGUCGGAUUUACCCAUGAUCGCAGUAAUAAUAAUAAUGCAUGUACUGAACUAUAUGAUCUACUCUGCGUCUGGGCAUUGUUUUAGCGGGGACGUCCGCCGAUCUCGAGAUGCCGCGGUCCAAGUCAACAGCCUCGCGAUCAUAACUAUCUAUCAACUUCUACCAUG